AUGUUUAAAGACUGUGCUAAUUGCGGACAACAUAAGCAAAUUCCCCCAACCGAGACUUUAUGCUAUGCUUGCCGAGAAAAGGAGGAAGGAAAUAAUAUGACACGAAUAGAAGCAAUUCAAAAACCAACCCAAGCCAAAGAAAUAGACGCCAGUGAAAAGGACUACCUUUUCUAUAUUGCCGACCCCGGCACCACUAACGAAAUUAAGAAGAUGGAAAUCUACUCGCCCAGUAAAGGCACCGAAGAAAGAACCCGUUUAUUCCAGGAUGCUAAGGAAGAGUUUAGCGAACUAAGGAGGAUUUAUGGAAUAAGGCACCUCACGAGCAAAAAAGAAGAUAGACAAAAUAACCCCGAAAUUGAACUCAACGAAGCCCAGUUUAUUGCCCUAGAACGCGAUAAGCAAAGAGAACGCCUAAAAAGUAUUAAGGAAGUAGAAAGCAAAGGACUAU